AAUAAGCUUAAUUCAUAUACUUAGCUGUCUUUUGUACAAUUCUUAGCACCACAAAGAGGAAAUGCUUUUACUUCUUCCUUAAAAAAAAAGUUCCAGUCCAAACCAUCAGCCUCUGUAGGUUGUCUUAAUUGCUACUUUGCACAGCGCUGGACUAUGACUCUGAUUUUUGGCACAUGCUAUCAUACACAAAGUUCCUAAAAUAAAAUGCUCCAGGAUAUCCUAGGAACUCUUAGAAGGCUUUAAAAAGGGACUCAGACACUGAAAGGCUAUCUUUGAUGAGGACAAUUCAGGCAAGCACAGUGAUUACUGCAGCAGAAUUACGUGAUUAAUUGAGAUCUUGAAGUGGGUCCGGCGAAUCCCCGCCACCUAACUUAUCAUGGUUUGGGGGGGUUUGACAAGAAUCCAGUUUUGAUAAAGACAAUUGUUUUUUCCUCCCCAAGUGACUAUACAUUUAAAUAGCUAAAACAUCUGUUCAGCAACAUAGUAAAACAUGUAUACUCGGAACGCUUGAGAGAAGAGCCUGCCAAACAAUCGGUUGAGAGGGACAUUACUGAGGGAGAGCACCAAGAUAAAGCAACCACUGUUUGUUUGGUCUAGUCAGUGGGAAAGCCAAGGCAACCAAUAUUUUAGGUUUCUUUGAUUUCAUUUCAUUUGUGAAGAAUUAUUGGAGAAAAGGUGGUGAGGGGAGAUUUCCCGGUGGGAUUUUUUUUUUUUUUUUAGCUUUCCAUUAGUGGAAGCCUUGGAUGUCAACGCUUAACAGACUCUUGAGAGCAGCCACCAGACCACGAAAAGUGACUAAGAUUCUUCUCGUGUGCUCUCUACGGCCCUUCUGAUGGAAGCAGAAACAGGGAGCAAUGCGGGAACUGGAAAGACGGCCACCAGAGGCACUCGAAUUGCCCUGGUCGUAUUCAUCGGCGGCACUCUCGUGCUUGGCACGAUCCUCUUUCUGGUGAGUCAAGGUCUCCUAAGUUUUCAAGCUAAACAGGAGUACUGCCUGAAGCCAGAAUGCAUCGAGGCUGCUGCUGCCAUCUUGAGUAAAGUAAAUCUGUCUGUGGAUCCUUGUGAUAAUUUCUUCCGGUUUGCUUGUGAUGGCUGGAUAAACAAUAAUCCAAUUCCUGAAGAUAUGCCAAGCUAUGGGGUUUAUCCUUGGCUGAGACAUAAUGUUGACCUCAAGUUGAAGGCACUGUUGGAGAAGUCAAUCAGUAGAAGGCGGGACACUGAAGCUGUACAAAAAGCCAAGAUCCUUUAUUCGUCCUGCAUGAAUGAGAAAGCAAUUGAAAAAGCAGAUGCCAAGCCAUUGCUGCACAUCCUGCGGCAUUCACCAUUCCGCUGGCCUGUGCUCGAAGCUAACAUUGGUCCUGAAGGGGUUUGGUCAGAGAGAAAGUUCAGCCUUCUGCAGGCACUUGCAACAUUUCGUGGUCAAUACAGUAAUUCCGUGUUCAUCCGUUUGUAUGUGUCACCUGAUGACAAGGCAUCCAAUGAACACAUCUUAAAGCUGGACCAAGCGACACUCUCCCUAGCAGUGAGGGAAGACUACCUUGAUAACAGCACAGAAGCCAAGUCUUAUCGAGAUGCCCUGUACAAGUUCAUGGUGGAUACUGCUGUGCUCUUAGGAGCUAACAUUUCCCGAGCAGAGCAUGACAUGAAGUCGGUGCUUAGGUUGGAAAUUAAGAUAGCCGAGAUAAUGAUUCCACAUGAAAACCGAACCAGUGAGGCCAUGUACAACAAAAUGAACAUUUCUGAACUCAGUGCUAUGAUUCCUCAGUUCGACUGGCUGGGCUACAUCAAGAAGGUCAUCGAUACCCGACUCUACCCUCACCUGAAAGACAUCGGUCCCUCUGAGAACCUGGUGGUUCGCGUUCCCCAGUACUUUAAAGAUUUGUUCAGGAUAUUGGGCUCGGAGAGGAAGAAGACCAUUGCCAACUAUUUGGUAUGGAGAAUGGUUUAUUCCAGAAUUCCAAACCUCAGCAGGCGUUUUCAAUAUAGGUGGCUGGAAUUCUCACGGGUAAUCCAGGGGACUACAACAUUGCUGCCUCAGUGGGACAAAUGUGUAAACUUUAUUGAAAGUGCCCUGCCUUAUGUUGUUGGGAAAAUGUUUGUGGAUGUGCACUUCCAGGAAGGCAAGAAGGAGAUGAUGGAGGAAUUGAUUGAAGGUGUUCGCUGGGCCUUUAUUGACAUGCUGGAGAAAGAAAAUGAAUGGAUGGAUGCAGGGACAAAAAGGAAAGCCAAAGAAAAGGCGAGAGCUGUUUUGGCCAAAGUUGGCUAUCCUGAGUUUAUAAUGAAUGAUACUUAUGUUCAUGAAGACCUCAAGGCAAUCAAAUUUUCAGAAUCUGACUACUUUGGCAAUGUCCUGCAAACCCGCAAGUACUUAGCACAGUCUGAUUUCUUCUGGCUACGAAAAGCUGUUCCAAAAACAGAGUGGUUUACAAAUCCAACAACUGUCAAUGCUUUCUACAGUGCGUCCACCAACCAGAUCCGGUUUCCAGCAGGAGAGCUUCAGAAGCCCUUCUUUUGGGGAACAGAAUACCCUCGAUCUCUGAGUUAUGGUGCUAUAGGAGUAAUUGUUGGACAUGAAUUUACACAUGGAUUUGAUAAUAAUGGUAGAAAAUAUGAUAAAAAUGGAAACCUAGAUCCUUGGUGGUCUAUGGACUCAGAAGAAAAGUUUAAAGAAAAAACGAAGUGCAUGAUUAACCAGUAUAGCAAUUAUUAUUGGAAGGAUGCUGGCUUAAAUGUGAAAGGGAAGAAGACCCUGGGAGAAAAUAUUGCCGACAAUGGAGGCCUGCGGGAAGCUUUUAGGGCUUACAGGAAAUGGAUAAGUGACAGAAGGGAGGGAGUUGAGGAACCUCUCCUCCCUGGCAUCACUUUCACCAACAACCAACUCUUCUUCCUGAGUUAUGCUCACGUGAGGUGCAAUUCCUACAGACCAGAGGCCGCCCGAGAACAAAUUCAAAUUGGUGCUCACAGCCCCCCUCAGUUUAGGGUGAAUGGUGCGGUUAGUAACUUUGAAGAAUUCCAGAAAGCUUUUAACUGUCCACCCAAUUCCACGAUGAACAGAGGCAUGGACUCCUGCCGGCUCUGGUAGCUGGGAUGCUGGUUGCUACCAGCCCGAGAGAGCUGUGGCACAGUGGCAGCCGAAGUGGCACUGAGCCCUCAUCAUCCACUGCUUUAGGCUUAUGUUCCCCUGAGGACUUUCAUUGUUAAUGCAUUUUCAUUAUUUGUGUAGGUGACCUGCCAGUGUCUGUUCAAAGUUGUAGGGCUUAAAAAGUGGAAUACAAAAAAUGAACCAACUUUGUUUCUUUAGAAAACCAAAAGAACAAAAAUAAAUCCCUAGGCUACUUUUGUUCAAAUGCUAUCUGCUGGGUUGUUGCUGUUGGCCAUUGUAGUGUGUUAGUCCCAGCUGAGUGGUACAUACCAUUUUAACCUAUAACUUUGUCGGAGGCCUAAGUAGAAUGUAUCCAAGAAAAGUUCACUCUAUUAGACCUGGAACCCUCACUGAUGGAGACGUGUGCAAGGAUACCUGGGAGGUCUUGCUGCUUUGUGGAAUGCAGUAGAUCUUAUGGAUGGUCACUGCACAGCUUGUCUUAAUUCUAAGGUAGUUAAAUUAGGUAUAUGUUGGAUCUCUAUUUUGGAAUAUUUGCUGGAGUUCUUGUUUUCAGAUUUGGAGUUGAUUGAAAUGAAAAGGUGCCUCACAACUUGCAUCUGAUGUAGCUGAUGGCGCUGUUCAAGUCAAGAGCAAAGCUGGUGGAAGGAUUCCUAGGUAGAGGGUUUGAGUUCAUAAACAGAAAAAAAGGAGGUUAUGUCUUUCACUCCUAGUCAUAUAGCAGCAAGGAAGCCUGGGGAUGAAGUCUCUAAAACCUUAUCCAGGUCUGUAUGAACCUCAGUGAUUGUCUGCUCCAUAUUUUUCUUUAUCCCAAUUAUUUUUGUUCCACUGCUCUGAUAUGUAUGCAUACUUCUGUUUCUCAAAUGAACAGGCCUUAAGAGAAGGACUUUCUUAUUCUCCACUAGGGACAUAUGGCUUUCACUUCCCUUUAAUACAAAGGGACCAUGCCACAUUGAGGACGGAGCAAAGUGCCCUUCCAUUUUGGCUUGGUAAAUGUUACCUUUUUUUUUUUAACUUUUUUGAAAACUUUUUUGAUUGAAGACAUUUUAGGACAUUGAUUCAUUUAAAAAUUACCUGAAUAGCCUAAAAAAUCCAUAGUUUUUACUCUUCAAGUCUCCAAAGAGUUUGUAAGAAACACCAAUACCAUGGUUUUGAUCCUUAGAGAGUUAUCAUUUUAAGUGAGCUCUUCUAUCUCUUAGGUUGUAUGUACAUAGGAUAAAAUGGAAAUGCCAUUACAGUAGUUACCUGUUACUCAAAAAUAGGCAUUCCUUUAACUAACAUUGUUCUUUGUACAUGAGGUACUGGGUUAAGUGGGCCAAUAGGAAAAUCUCAAGAGCAAAAUGACAGAUUCAGAGUCACCACAAGAGGUCAUUUUGCAUCCCUGUCUCUUGUCAUUCUUUUUUUUUUUUUUUAAUGUAAGUGUGUGCCAUGUCCUUCUGUAACCAUGGGAACUUCUGAAGGGAGAAAAGUGGAGGGGCACCACCCUGAGGAGAACAAUUACACUGCAUUAGACAGAGGAGAGUGAUUUUCUCCUUGACUUCUUCCUCUCCAAAUGGAUACACUUCUGAAGGGCAGUUACUUUUCCUCCUCUUAACUAUGGCUUAAUGUGACCUUAGUUUGUAUUUCUGAAAACAAGCAGUGUUAGGUUAGGGGUGCUGGCAAUGUAAGUGCCUUUUCUCUGGAGUGAGCACUUUGAUUUGGUUUAGACAUUUAAGAUACCUCUGGUUUUAUGCCUGUACUUGGGCAUUUAAAAUCAGCUGAGGUUUGUCAUGUUUAUAUGAAUAGUGAUUUCCUCCUUAAACUCCAAAUAAACACAUUCCUGCAGGUCAGAGAAAGUGUUUGAUAAAAGCAUAGAAUGAUGACUUUGGAAGCGGAAAUCAUUAAGUCACUUGCUGGUCUAGGAAAACAGCUGGCUGGAAAUCAGUUGGGGCCCUCACAGUGUCUAUAUAAUACGUAGUCCUGGUUCACUUCACUCAUUGUCACUCUGUUAUACCAAAAGUUGUAAAUAGGAUGGCCUUUCUUAAAAUAAAUAAAUAAGCAAACAAACCAAAAGUAGCAAGCCAAAUCAUGACUAUUGGUUAGAAUAAUUUUCUGGAAGGAUUGGAUUUCCAGAUGUAUGUUGUGGUUUACACUUUGGAUUAAGAUCUCACUGUCUCUUCACUUCAAUACAGAUUGUUAAAAGAAACAGACACUGAAUAAGUGGGUAUAAAAUGCAACUGGAAGGAAAGGGUAAAAGGCAGGGAGAAGCUAAACUAAGGAUACAGCUCUGAAGAGAAGACAGGAUUUUGGCAGUCCUUGCUAAGCAUAUCCACUGGAGUAGAUCCAUAGAGUUUUACAAAAAUAAUUAUGUUAAAUUAAAAAGAAAUUAGAUAUUGGACCUCAGACUAGAGUUGCAAAACACACUUUUCUAAUUCAUAGAUCAGAUGUUCUGCCAGUAAACUAUUAUCUUGGCAGUAGAAGGAGUUCGAGUUCUUGUGAAAUUCUCCAGGAUUAGUCAAGGAUUCUAUGUAUAUAAUGUGGUGUUGUUUAUCACCAUUGACCAAAGUUUGUUGAGCUUUUCACCAAGUGUUCAGCAUUCACAUCCUAUUUCCAUUUAUUUCCUUUUAUAAGAUGGACCUGGACAUGACUAAUGCAAGCUUCAGGAUUCAUAAAUUAUCCUGAAGUUUAUUUAGUGGCUUGCCUCAAUUGAGCUUAAAGCAUAACACAUAAAUUCUAUCUUAUUUAGCCCUGGAGCAUCACUAAGAAACAACUAAGAACUAUGGCUUGCCAGACAGAUUGUGCUUGUGCCAGAGAAGUUGAAAGGCCUGAAAUUGCUUGUCAGGUACCCCAGAUCCAGGAAAGAAACAGACUGACUUAUGCUUUGGGCUACUGACCUUUGGAUUAACCUUCACUCCUUAGAUUACCCCAUUUCUAAAUACAUUUAUUCAUUCAGUAUUUCUAUAAUCAUUUAGCAUUUGAUAGACUUCUUCCUUGAUAUUUUUAACAUGAUGUCUCAGUUACAUUAUUAAAUUGUGGAAAUAUAUCUGGUUGUUUCACAUAACAAUCUCAUUGCCAGUGGCCUGUGCCCAACUGGCUUAAAGAAAGAUGUUCAUAAGUUAUUCAUUUUAUAACUAACUAGUCAUUGUGAGACAGAUUGGUUGUUUGUUUUUCUUUCUCUGUUUGUGAAACAAUGUCAACAAUCAUUCUAAGGACAAUAAAAUGUUGGUUGAAGUUUU